AUAUCAACAACAAUGCAUAGUCGUAGCGCGAAAACUUGAAAUGAAAAAAGAUUCAAAUAUUCAGGCGCGAAAACUCAUGAAACGAAAACAUGAAAACUAAAAUGUUUACCGACCAAAAUGGAAAAUCAGAAAAAGUUUUCUGCAAAAAGAAUUGCAAAAUGAAAUCGAAGCAUAAUGAAAUUAGGGUUUUAGGUCAGCGCUCUAUUCCUCUUUCCUUUUUUUCUGGAUCAUCUUCAAAUCUAGGUAAGGAUUCAAAGGAUGAUGUGUUAAAAGAAGGUACAUGGAAAAAUUCCAGCAUUUCAUUCUCUGAUUUCCUUGACCAGAAGCUGCAUACCGAUCAUGUAGUUAACAAAACUGUUAAGGGGAAGUCAAGGCCUUUUAAGUCACCUCUGGGUUCUAGAGAUGAUUGUGGGUCUAUUAAUCACUUGAUUGGGACUAGAAAAGUAGAAGAAGUAGAAAAGAAUUCUGCUAUUGAUCAAGUGGUAUUUGAGCAGUUCAAGCCAACUAGUGCAGAGAAAGGAGAUAAUAAUAUAGGUUCAGGUGAUGGUGGUGAUGGUGGUGAUGUUGAACAUGCAACUUCUGGCACAGCAGUGGGUGUAGACUUGUCUCUUGUUGAUAAAAUAGGAAGUUCUAACUCAAAUAAUGAGCAUGUUACAAGAAAAAGGAGGAACCCCUUUGAAGAUGGUGAUAGUAAACAUACAACUCGAAAGCAUUUAUUAGUUCUAGGAGAUGAUCCAGAAUCCAGGCAAAAAGCAGGGAGAAAGAGGUUCCUUGGCAACAAAAAAACAAGAUCUUCAUUUAAUCAUUAUGGAAAUGGUUGUGGCUGGUGGGAUUGUGACAUGGAAGGUGUUGACACUGAAGAAGUGGGCUUGGGUGAUGUUUGGGAAGGAGUGGGCUCUACAACAUUUGGAGUCAUAGACUGGCACUAAGUUCAGUCUUUUUUUCUUUUUUUUCUUUUUUGAUGGUAUGUUUAUAUAAUACUUCUUUUGUUUGGGAUGCUCUUCACUCAUGGUAUGGUGAACUCAUUAAUGUUGUCUA